ACGCGUCAUGUUCGCAUCUGGCUGGGAUAGCAACAAUGACGACAGAAAGUGAAUUAUAAAAAAUCAAAGACGAUUUUCAAAUUUAAAUUUUCACAUGUGUUUUGGAAAUCAAACUAGGAUAAAACUGAUUCUGUGUUGAACUCAAGUGAAGGAAUGAAAUUUACAGUUUCAAAAAAUUCCCGUCUCAGUUCCUCUUUCGUAUUCCACAACAGAGACCGUUAUAAAUUUUCGGCAAGCCUCAGUGAAGUCGUAUUUAUUGAGCCGCAUACUCUAAGCCAUUCCUACAGUAAGUGAUAUUUGAACGGUCAUCGAAUAUAGCUGGGAAAAGUCUUUUUUAAAACCUACGCUUGCAAAAGAACUCCCUCUCUCAAAGAACCUCUCUUUCAAAGGAAGCCACUCUAUCAAGGAUUCCUCUCUUUCAAAAAGUUUUUUUUCCCUAACCCUCUUUUAUUCAAAGGAACCCACUCCUCCAAGAAAACUUUCGAAGAAAUUCAGUUCAUCAAGGAACCGUCCCUCUCAAAAACCCUCUCAUUCAAAGGAACCCAUGCACUCUUUAAAGUAACCGCCUCUUUCAGAAGAACCCUCUCAAUCAAGGAACUCUCUCAAUUAAGGAACCCUCUCAAUCCCCUUUCAAAGGAAUCAACUAUUUCAACGAACUUACUUUAAACCCUAUACUGCCCAGAACGGAAAAUUCAUCCACUCAUCCACAUUUUCUUCAGACUGAUUUGCAAACGUAUUAAUCUGUCCCCCUAAAAUCCAGGAACACUACAUUGCGACUCGUCGAAUUACAUACGCAUAGUUCUUGUGUCAAGUGUUUUCAAAGAAAUGAUGUAGGUUGAAACGAUAUAAUAAUUUCCAUGCAUGCAUCCACUUUAAAAACUUUUAGGUAGCCUCGAAAUGGUAUGAAAUUUUACAUAUCUAAUGAAGUUUGCACUACAAUUAAUUCAAUGUGGCCCGUGUAUAUGUGACAGAGAUUUGUUUUUUGGUAUCUACAAAUUAUGACUCAGGCCAAGUAACUGAGAAGAUAUAAUUCCAUCUUCUGCUUCUGCUGAGGAAAAAAGAUGCCUCCUUAAGUGCGGGGUUUCAGCAUUUAAUGUGAAAAAGCAUUUUAUAUGUUGAUCCUAUAUGUACAUAAGCUUCUGAAAAUAUUAAGCAUCAAACUGAGGGUUUUAUAUGUAAUUACAAGAAUUUGAGAACUUGAAAUGAAUGUAAUGAAUCCAUAGCCGCAGCUCGAUAAUAAAAAAAUGUUGAGGGAAUUAAUGAGUGUGGUGGGAACGGUCCAUUUAACUUGUAAGCCCAAGCAAAAUUUAGAUGUGCGCCCGACCCUGCAAAAGGCGCCGCCCAAGACUCGGGCAUCACGUGAAUCAGGCGCUUUGUGUCCGUUCGGCCGGGCUUAAAUGGCAGUCUCUGCAGGGGCUGUUAAUAGUGAAAACUGGUAAUUAUGAGCCUUCAAGUUGAAAAUUGUUCAUGGACAGGCUAGUGGAAAAGUUGCAAGUGAAAUAAUAAAACACAUGGCCUCUAAAUUUUGAAUAAAUACAUAUAGGUUCUCCCAGUUGAUAAGCCCCAGGCUACCAUAUUCAUCACCUCUCUACCAACCCAACAUUCCUCUGACAUGGGUAAGAGUAACUGCGAGGGGCUGGAGCGAAGCCUCAAGCUGUUCCUGACGUUCAUGUUUAGCCACGUGGGACUGUGCACGUGCGUAGCGGCCUACACGGUAGCAGGGGCGUUUCUCUUCAGGUACUUAGGCCUGCAGCACGUGGUAGAUGAGAGCUCUGAACUGAAUACAUCCACCGGGGCGCGACUAGCAUCCACAGACACACAAUUGGCCGCCGUCGGAGUGAUGGCCACAGCUGCCGCAGGGAUAGCCGCCGUGGACAAAAGUAUGGCGGACGAACGAGCCCAAAAGAUCCAAAAAAUCGCAACCUACGUCGACAUGUUGGGAGACUCGGGAGAGAAAGAUCCUGAAAUGUGGAGAAGAAAUCUAUCAUCUAUGAUCGCGGACCUUGAGGCUCCUCGACCAGCGGGCGCUGUGGACGGGGGCCAGGCCUCAGCGGCUGCCCACAACUCCAGCGCUGAGGACACGGAUGAUGUCGCCACUCCCUUCAUCAACUCACUCUUCUACUGCGUGACCGUCAUCACCACCAUCGGUGAGUGGCCGCGUCAUCACCACCAUCGGUUCUCGUACACUCGCUUGUGUUGCGGCAACCCGCGGCGCGGCUGUUGCGGCAGCGCCGCGCCAGAGCCGCCCGCGGACGUGGAGACGGCACUGCCGCUGCCCCAGAGACGAGGAAAUACUACUCAGUACGUACCGCACCCCAAAUAUUCGCCCAAACGCAAGAAAAUGUUAAUCUCGCCGCCCAUAUCGGCAACUCUGCACCGCGGCAGUGACCUGCCUCACUCGCCUAUGCCAGAUUCUCAAAACGAAAAUUUCUCGUACGCCAAGCACGUUAACUCUGCCUCGCUGCCCCCAGACUAUCACAGAGACCAAAGACUAACCUUGGCCCCAGAGGCCCUGGAGGUACGGAAACUCGUGGCCGAAUGCGCCGAGUACGCAACUUCUACCAUUCCAGGCUUCACUCCUGACCAGGCGGACCUGAAAUACGAUCCUAAAGUUCUGGAACAAAGUCGUCGCACUCACGAUUACGAUUUCCUGAACAACACGAUGGUUCUAGAACCCGCCACCCCCACGCCAUCUUUGUCCACCGCUUCCCCAGUCCAGUCCACACCCUCGUCCCCUCUCUCGAGGGACGCUCCACCAAUGGAUGGGUGGACCCAGGACUCCCGGGGACUUUCCGUCACCAGGAUGGGACUGUCCCAGGAAGGUGGGUCAAGCUCAAGCCAGUCCACCAGAGCGGCUUCGCCCAGUUGGGUCAGCCUUUCAACUGGGUCUCCCAGAACUGAGUCUGCCGUCACCUGGGCUGAUGAAGACCCUACUGCAAACUUCGAGCCGAAGACCUUCAAGAGACCGACCGGCAAGACCCUCGUUGUUUACAACACAAUGUCCGGAGACGCGCUGUUGCAACAGAGUAAAAUAGCAAGAAGAAUGGAGGCGAUGCAGCGCAAGAGACACAAAACUAGACAACAUGAGGCAACCAUGUUUGUGGACCCAGCCACGGGCCAGACAGUCGACAGCAACAUGAUGGGCUUGGACAUUAGACCCAUCCCGCCCAAACCCCGGCCCAAGGAUGUUCGCGUGCCCAUCCCCAUCGUGCUGCUGUUCGUGGCCUGCUACGUGAUGAUAGGGGCGCUGUUCUUCCAGCUGCUCGAGGACUGGGAUCUCUCCGACGCCGCCUACUUCUGCUUCAUCACGCUCUCCACCAUCUGUCUCUUAUACACAUCUAGAUGUGUAUAA